UACCAACUUUAUUUGUUCCCAAAUUAUAUAUAUAUAUAUAUAUAUAUAUAUAUUUGUGCUUAUUUUCUUUAUUGCUCCUGCUGCGUCCGACUCUGCCCCAAAACAAAAGCAAAAAGAUCUUGUGCCCUUUCGGUUCACGAUCGCAGCCAUGGCUACUCUAGACUCCGAUGUUCCGAUGGUUCCAGUUGGCGAGGCUUCCAGCAGCACCGCCCCUUCCUCCUCCACUAAGAAGCCCAAGCGCUUCGAGAUCAAAAAGUGGAGUGCCGUUGCGCUCUGGGCCUGGGAUAUUGUCGUGGAUAAUUGUGCAAUUUGCAGGAAUCACAUCAUGGAUCUAUGUAUCGAAUGUCAAGCCAACCAAGCCAGCGCCACCAGUGAGGAAUGCACUGUUGCUUGGGGGGUCUGCAACCAUGCAUUUCACUUCCACUGCAUCAGCCGAUGGCUCAAGACUCGGCAAGUGUGUCCACUGGAUAACAGUGAGUGGGAGUUCCAAAAGUAUGGUCACUAGAUCUUUUGGGUAGUUGAACCACCUUGGCCUUGUCACGUGGUGGAAGAAGACUGCCCAUUUCUUCAGCUUUCUGUUUAUUCGACUGGAGUUACUUUUAAUUUUUUAUAAAAACAUUUGGCUUAUAUAACUUAGGAAUCUGAAUUUGAUAUGCACCGAGUGCAAUAUGUUAAAUGCUAUGAGCUUUAUUAUCUUUUGUGUGUUAAUCUCUCCUCUUCUCUUUCUGGUUGUGGGUGCCGAUGAAUGUCUUUUCAUGUGAAUAAUAUUCUUGGCAAUCACUUUGUGCA